AUGUUUACAUCUCGCUUAUCUCCUCAACUUGACGAAGGUGCUGCUAUGGAUGUCGAUGGUACUUCCGUUGCUCCGCCCAACUCUCCUCAUGAGACCACAGGAAUGUAUUUAGAUUCUGUUCCCACCGCUCCAUCUGGCUCUCAUUUUGAGACUCCAGGAAUGGAUUUGGACACUGUCCCCGUGGCUCCGCCCAGCUUUCUUCUUAAUCAUCCUACCACCAGUGAAAGCCUGAGUCCUUCUGGCACUACUCCCAAGGUCUCCAAUCCACGAUAUGAGACUUGCGUUCAGCGCUUGCUGAGGGAGGCACGCGCCCGGGAAGAAAAGGAAAUGGGAAAUAGUGGGUCUUUAGGUUUUCGUCGGAAGCUUGGACACAGUGCAGUCCCCCGUGCAGCCCCAUCAGCUCAGCACCUAGAAAUUCGGACCCAACAACGUGCACAAGUGAGAGAGCGCAUGCGGUUGAUGCGAUCAUUAGAAUUUCGCUCGUCAUCACCGACACAGAGAGCCGAAAUGUUAGGUAUUCAAAAGAAAACUAGCGAGCAAGCCAACAAGCAAUUAAAACGCCUCCUUCCUGCCGACCAACCAUACCAAAUUUCAAGUAGCGACGUCGCAUUAAUGGAGGCCGGAGAAUUGGAAAUAUUGAAAGAUCUGAAUCGUGAAGCUAGACGUUUCACCCUCUGUCUGAUAGAAUCCACGCGGAGAGAUGAGGAAAUACGCUCCGCAAUGUUCAGUGGUGCGCUCAGAGCGGGAGAUAAGAAAAUUGCGGCCCUUAGAGCGAAAGUCGAGAAGCGCCUAGAGAAUUCCUUCGCGGCCCUUGAUGUCAAAGAUGAUUAA